UAGCUCCGCAGCCAGGGACGGGCUGGGAGGCGCCGAGCGCGCCCUCUCUGAGGAAAUGAGCGACGGUUUCUGACCGGGCGGCACCAGCCCGGCCUGUGAGGAAAAGGAAGCGAGCGGCCCAGGCCUGGCGAUGAGUUGCCGCUACGGAGGCGGAGGCGGAGGCGGCGGGGCGGUUCGGUCGCUCUUGGAGCUAUGCCUUCAUUGUUUAACAAGAAACAUAUCCAAAUAUGCUGCAGAUAUCAAGCCUUUGCCUCCCAACAUAAAAGAUAAACUGAUUAAAUCAUUGAGUAUCCAAGGAUGGAUAACAGAUACAAAUAUUAGCAUGGUUCUGCAUCCCGCAGUGGAGGCACUGGAUCUUCGAGACUGUGAUAUUUCAGACAACGCCUUGCAACAGCUUUGUAACUGCAGGCAGCUUAAAAAAAUAAAUGUAAAUGUUUGGAAGAGCAACAGGCUAACCAUAACUUCUGAAGGUGUUGCAGCACUGGCCUUAUCAUGCCCCUAUUUGCGGGAAGCCUCCUUUAAGAGAUGCAGCAACCUAACAGACAGUGGGGUCCUUGCUCUUGCCCUCAACUGCCCCUUUUUACAAAUAGUCAGCUUAGGCGGAUGCUCCAACAUCACAGACACAUCCUUACAGGCCCUUGGAAAGAACUGUAGAUCCCUGCACAGCGUGGAUUUUUCAUCAACCCAAGUUACUGAUGAUGGUGUAAUAGCACUUGUUAGUGGAAUGUGUUCAAACAAUUUAAAGGAGAUCCAUAUGGAACGAUGUGUGAAUUUGACCGAUAUAGCUGUGGAAGCUGUCCUCACGUAUUGCCCUAUGAUAUAUAUUCUUCUGUUUCAUGGAUGCCCACUUGUAACAGAUCGUUCCCGAGAAGCACUGGAGCAGCUGGUUGGACCCAAAAAAUUCAAGCAGGUUUCAUGGACUGUUUAUUGAUUUUUUUUGUGUGAAGUUACAAGGCAUUACUCUUUUCAUUUUCUUUUUUUUUUCCCCCAAAGGACCAUUCUUGAAAGUCUUCUGAUCAAUUUGUGCAUUUGUUGUUGAUAGUCUUAGUUGCCAUUCAUGUUUGUUCUUCUCCAAGCUAGGUGGUAUCAGUGUUCUGCAUUUUUUGUUUUCCAUGUGUUGUUCUGGAAGUUCAUGGAAGAGGGCUUUAGGGCUCUACUUCUUAAAAAACAUUACAUUCUGUACUAAUAAAGGGCCAACAGUGAAUAAGGGAAUGCACAAAGCAGAAAGAACACCAGCAAGCUAAUGGGAGCAAAUUCCAUGGAAGCAUCUUGUCAUGCUGCCUGCUCUGCUGCCACAUAAGUGGGGACCAGUUCUGUUCCUAGGCAUCCAUUUUAAGUGGAGCCAUGAUUUGUUUGUGUCUGAAUAAAACUCACAUCUUCAUCAAGUAGUACAGUGCAUGAAUUUCAUUUAAUUCUGUUAAUAACCAGACACAGAACAUGUGUUUAUAGAACUUAAUAUUGUUAUUUUCAAGUGAAAAAGCUAAUGUGUGGCUUUGCUGAUACCUGCAGACUGGGAUGACAUAUUCCACCCUAAUUAAGGUUUGUUUAUUUAUUUAAUAACCUCUUCCUUCUACUCAAAUGACUAUUAAAGGCAAGUUAUAGUAGCAAUGAUUAGAACUUUUAUUUUUGAAAGCUUUUGCCAAAAUAAACAUGUUAGUCUGUAAGCUGACUCAAGACACUUGUUUUUGCUACAGAAGACUAACAUGGGUACUUUUUGGAAAUUAUUACACUAGGAUAUUGACAUUUUCCUUAGCCAUAAGAAAAAUAUUGGCCACUAUGGCCACUAACAUAUCAUGUUGACAUUCUUCUAGAUUGAUGUAGUUACUGCUUACUUUUUCCCUUUAUCAUGAGUAUUAAUUAUUGCUGAAUAAAUAAUUUGAUCUUC